GACAGGCGCUGUGAGCGGGCAGACAGCGCAGACAGACGCCGGUCACUCACUCACACUUGAGCCGAACACAGCGAAGCCAGCCACCACGACGAGACGAAUACUGCUCUAAACAUGGCGUUAAAGCUAUUCCACAGCUUUUAACCCGUUAUUUAGGCUCUGUAUCCUGACUUAUUUUGGGAAAGGAAGAGGAGGAGAGACCCGGAGGAGGACGGCCGGGCGGUGCGAAGAGGGGUGGCCGAAAAGGGGAAGCGUCUAGCGGGGAGUUUGGUGGUGCGGAUUGGGUCGCUCUCUCCUCCGCAUUCCCACCGCGCUCUCCGCCUCCUCGACCCCCCAGAACAGACCCGUGUCGUAGAUCUCUCACUUCGGGGAGUAUUCAUGUCUUUUAGGACGAUUUGAUGUUGAACUUGAUGGGUGUUUUAAACGCCACGACCGCCAAUGUCUCCUGUACGUGUAACUGCAAGCGCUAUACUUCACUCCAGAGCAUGGAAAUCACCCAGCUGGAGUUUGUGCAGAUCCUGGUUAUCGUGGUGGUGAUGAUGGUGAUGGUAGUGGUCAUCACAUGUUUGCUGAACCACUACAGACUGUCGGCCCGCUCCCUCAUCCACAGACACAGCACUGAGCGGAGGAGGCACCAACCCCUCGCCAACGAGGCCAGUCUGUGGUCCUCAGAGGGAACUAAUGUGCCUAUCAAUGAGCCACAGGUGUACAGUGCGCGGCCCACAGACAGACUGCAGCCCUCCUCGGUGCCCCCGCGCUUCCAGUCUCCGUAUGGGGCGAGCCGGUUCCAGCCCACCUACCCGUACCUGCCCCGCGGCGUGAUCGAGCUGCCCCCCACCAUCGCGUUGUCUGACGGGGAGGAGCCACCCCCCUACGCUGGGCCAUGUACGCUGCAGCUGAGAGACCCGGAGCAGCAGAGGGAGCUCAACAGGGAGUCAGUGAGAGCACCCCCUAACCGGACGGUGUUCGACUCGCAACUGGUGACGCAUGGCAACUGCACACACAACAGUUUGCAAUUGCCGCCCCCUAGUGUCCACUCUGGGAUGAGCGUGUUGGAAGCACAGGAGUCCCGCCUGCACAAACACUCCAGGGUCGACGGGGCCCCUCCCACGUACAGCGAGGUCAUUAUCGGACACUUCUAUCCCCCGCCAAAUCUACCGGCCAACCACAAUCGAACUGCCAAUCCCCCCAGUACCAGAACUGCCCCUACCCCACCACACUCCCUCAUACACGGGUUGCUCCGUGGCUCCACGGACCAGCGCAACAGCCGGAACAGCAAAGACAAGCCUCACAAACCGCAAAACGUCUGACCGCGAAAGGAAAACCAGGAAGGAAGUGAGGGAAAUCGAGCAUGCUGAUUGGCUGAUUCCAUGGAAAAAAGCACUUACGUUGAACCUUGGAUGGUAACCGUGGGAAAAUGGCGCCCCCUACUUUGCUGCCACCUUCUUCUUUAUAAAUAUUUACCUGUUUUCAUUCCUAUCAUAGCGAAACGUUGCAAUCUUUCCACUCUGUCAGGCUAUUUUCUUAAUGAUAAUCCCCGUUUUGCUGCUUUUGAACGCAUUUUAUGUUGCAGUCAACUGCGGCGGCUCCUAGCUGACUUUAGCACAUUAGCGCUUCCAGUUUAGACGUAGCUAGGAAAAUCUUAAAAAUAGCAAACUAGAUGUAGCAAAAGUGCUGAAAGUCUUCCCAGCUGAGGUUCUUCCCAUAGUCUGUGUAAAUAAUGGACCAAUGAGAUAAAUGUAAAAAUUUGCUUGAUUAGGGUUGAAAAUGAGAUACUAAUCAAUACUCAAACUAGUAUAAAAACUUCAUCUAAGCAAGUAUAAAUAGUGAAAAAUCUUUUACAUAACUGCAUAAAAUUUGACCUUUCCUGACCAAUUUAAUCUUGAUUUCAAUCAGAACUAGUGUAAGACCACAUGACAUAAACAAGUACUAUUAUUUUGCGUUGCUAACACAUGUAGCUAUAUCUCUCCUUUGUUAAAAUGAUCAGUCCUUUUGUUUAUAAUACAAACUAUUCAGUAGUAUCACCAGUUAGUAUGUGGCUACAGCUAACUAAAAUAUUUUUUGUCCUAUUGAUGGCGUCACUGUCCUUUGGUCCAAUAUUUUCACACAGUCUCUGUCCUUGCCUUAUUUUGACCAAUUGGAGCCGCCGCUGUAUAAAUUCCUGAGGAAGGUUUGCACAGAAGUGUUCACCACAGGGGGAUAAAAGUGAGAUUACGUAAAGUAGGCAUAUUUUUCUAAACUUUGCUUUUAUAUGUCGUAGUUUUAGAAAAGAAAAUCUUGUAAGCCACUAGCGUUUACAAGCUCCAUACAUGUCGACCUGUUUCUGAAACAUGUAUGCAAGCCGAGAGAAAGCACGAUUAAGAUUUUAUUUAUAAAAAUGCUGAAAAUGUUGCACUAUUUUUUGCACAGAUUUGACAUGAGACAGACUUAUUUUGAAGGAGUUUGUGAUUUCUGCCUUGACCCCAAGCCAGCAACGGUGCACAGUAUAUUAGAAGCUGGACUCUACGCUAUUAUUAUUCUAACCAAUGGAAAGAAAUCCCCUGGUUUAUGCAAAAGUAUGAGUCCUAAGCGUAUUUUGUUUUCCAACAUUGACCUGAGCGCCUAAUCAAAAAAAUCUCCAAAAAUCUCUUUACCAUGUUUUCAUUUUCUAGACUUGAAUUUUUAGCCAAUCCCAAAGCGGGCUCUCACUACCUCGACCACGCAGUGAAGCACAUUUUAAGUUAAUCAUCUUUUUAAUUUGCCACAUCGAACGAAUGUCUGGACCAAUCAAGACGAUGUGUUAACUUGUAGCAUUAGCUAGAUGUCGUUAGACUAGCUAGAGAUGUAUUUGUUUUGUUUGUGGGUAUCAUGAAAGUGUGAGAGAGAACUGGAGUCGGAUUAUGAAAAGCCAUUUGGUUCUCAGGAUCAAAAUAUGAUGCGAUUGCAGCUGUGCACUGUUGCUACGGCGAUUCACAACUGUCCAAAAUUCACCUGGUUUUGCGCCGUUUCUGAGCACUUUACUGCAGCGGGAAAGAGAACGCAAUCUCAGUAUCAGCCCUCAUCAGGCCACAAGGGAAAUCAAAACACAAAAUGCUGUGAAAUGGUGGAGUUGGAACGUUUUAGGGCUUGAUUUUAAAAGGAUGCAAAUAGGUAUGCUACAAAAUUUUAUAGAUUCAAAUUUAAUGAGAGAAAAUUAUUGUACAGUUUACAGUUUUUUAAGGUUACUACAGAAAUAGCUUAAACAAUGCGCUGCAACGAGCCACAUGUGUUGUCACUGGAGUAAGCUUUGGAUGUGGAAGUGUCUGGCCCAACGACACAAUGCCAGUGUGCAUUCAGGCGAGGUUCAAACCAACUACCCUCUGGUGGCUGGGCAUGCUUUUCCAACUGUGCCAUUGUCAAUUGGAAACUAAACAUAUACUUAUUUAAAGUAUGUAUUGAUAUAAAUGUUGAGUAAUUGGAUCUAAGUAAAAAAAAAAACAAAAAAACACUGGGAAUUUAUAGUAAUUUGGAGCUGAUAAAUGACUAUUAAAUUUAAACAGCCAAUUCCCAGAAUAACUAGUAACAUGAACUAAUUAUUCAUUUGUCCAUUAACUAUAUUUUGGUUGGAUGAUAUUUUGUAGUCAAACUGUUUGUGCUUUUGCAGCGCUGGUCGUGUUGUUGAAACUAGACACAUUGGAGUGUUGACAAAUGACACGAGUGUUAAUAGCAGCAUGUCUGGCGUCAUUUCUUCUAAAACUUAGCCCUAAAACUAACAAAUCCACCAUUCUGUUUACUUUCACAAAGUCCUGCUGAAGUCAGAGCCUGAUGUAAUGUUCAGUCUUUAUGCAACAGCGCCCUCCCCAGGAACCAGACCAAACUACACCCAAAACUCAAGCGUGAGAGGAGAGAGUUGAGGCCAAAAAAUGAAAAACUAAUCGAACAUGGUAAAUCUUUUAUUAAAAAAAAACUUUGUCUUUACCUUUAAAACAUUAACAGUCAGCAGCUAUAUUUUUUAACAAAAUCACAAAAUAUAUGAAAAAUCUGAAAAAACACAACUCAUAGUAGUUCAGUAACACUGUUAUUAGUUACAAUUAUUUUAUUUAUUUUUUUUGUAAGAUUUGUAGUAAUUAAAUUAUUUUAGAACCUUUUUUUUUAUUUUAGCUUUAGAGCGUUUAAUGCGUUUAUCCUUUUGUGCCUUUUAGAUGUCCAUAGAAAUGUAUUUAAAAACAUUAAUUCGAUUUUUUAAAUUUUCAGUAUGUUGAGAAUUUUCAUUUCAUACACUAAAAAGUAUGUUUAGUAAUAUCCCUUUUCUUUGUAGUUCAUAGUUAGUGCUAAAAUAAAUCUUCAGAUUUUUUUAGAACAAGACAAAGUUGUUUUAAUCAGAAGUGUGUGUCUGUGCUCACUUCCUCCUGACACAAUGUUUACUGUCUCUCUGCUUUCAGCCGUUGGUAUACAUUAUGUUUAUAUAGAUUUAUUUUAUAUUUAAGACACGUUUUCCCCAAAUCAUUACUUUUAUAAAAAAAAUCCCAAAGUAGCUCGAGCAGUGAAUAAUCAGAUUUCACUGUGACAAGACACGUUUGGUGUCAAAAUGUAUAUUUAUUUUAGAUGUGUUUUACUUUAAAAUGGUUUUCUGUUGUACGGGUUUGCAGCGGGUAUAAAUAAAAGACUGGACGGCUCUGAAUGAGGCUUACAAUGUUAAGGCAAUAAAACUUAAAAAAAAAAAAAUCCUGGAAAUUUAUGGGAAAAUAAAUUAAAAAAUGACAUUGGCUGAUGGUACAGACAAAUGAAGAAUAAAAAAAUAUAGAUUACAGAAAUAAAAAAUAAAAAACAUACGUAAAUGGAUGUUGCCCAUUUAAAGUUCACCGGAAACACAAAAAUAUAAAAAAAAAGUUGGUAUUUCGACUAUUUUAAAGGAAUGAAAGCUAUCGUGCAUCAAAUUAUUCCACAUAAAUAGUAUAGACUUAUUUCCUGCGUACUUUUAAAUUUCCUGUAAAAUUAUAUCUAGGCACUUCUUGUCUGUACCAUAAAAUCUCUUCCUGUUCUCUAGAAAUGCCUGCUUUCGCCAGUAUCCAAUGAUAUCGUUAAGUCCACUCUGGUCCCGCUUCCUCUUUUUUCCCCAUUAGCCAGAACUCUUACAACCCUUCAUUUGAAUAAGUCUGUCUUGAUCAAUCUGUGCUUCUGUGUACAAGUGUGCCUGCCCACUCUGGGACGACGUACAUGAGUGGCUCUCUGGGCUGUCAAUCAUCCCAGACCACGCCCCCUUUGUGUCUCAGAGAAAGAUGAUUAGACGAUGGUGAUGAUGUUUUUGUUUUCUUUUUAGAGCGUUGCAAUACACCUCCAUUUUGCCUUUAUGAUAUUAGUCUUAUUUGAGAGUAGCGAGUAUGUUUUAAAAAAAAUGUUGUUUCUUGUUGUAAAACUUUCUUUUAAUCUUUCAAAUGUUUUUUUUUUAUGUUUUAUUGUUAUUUGUGAAAAACAUAGAGAUUAAACUACCUACCACAAAUUUGAGCUGCAAAAAAACAUGACUACAUACAUACACAAGGACCAGUUUGGGUUGAAGUAAAAUUUUUGCUGAAAAUAUAGUAACCAAUUCUUUAAAUUGCUAAAAAAAACAAACAAACAAUAAUAAAGGAUUUUUAAAGGACUGUCCAAUGUGGGUGAAGUGUCUUGUCCAAGUGCAGUAUGCAUUGGCAGUAGUGGGGAUUGAACCGGCAAUUGGAGAGUCAGUAAAUGCCUCUACCAAUCACACCGAUUUCAAAUUCAAUAUCUUGGCUUUUUAAGAAACACAUUACAUGUCAAAUAUAAAGUUCACUGUGAUAUUUUUAAAUGUGAUUCAUAAAUUUUAAAACCUAAUUAAAAAUUGUUUGCAUUUUCUCUUAAAACCCAAAAUUGUCCUUGUGUGGGUGGUCCUACUCCAGUUUGUAGAUUUGAAACAAACAAAAUCAUGGUGUGCCUUCUGCUUUUCAAAAGAGACUUCACUUCCAAAAUUCUACAGAAACAAUGCACCAACUUCUGCUGAUAUGAUGUGAGACAAGUACGGAAGCCUAUUUGUGCCAUAUUACUAACAAAAUGAAACAUUUCCUCUUUGACCCUUCUGAAUGCCGUACAGUUGUCAAAGUCAAUGUAAAAAAAAAAAAGAUCAGCAAUUCCUGGAGCAAAUUUGGCACAAUCUCGUUUCCGUACGUAACCAAAUUAUACAUUCCCCAACUUUCUUUUUAUCCCAUCUUGCUCAAAUGUCAAGGAAUUACAUUUGUUUAUAUUUUGACUUGGGAAACUGCAGUAUUUACAAGUAUGUAACGCUUCAGAGCACAAAAAUGUAUUGUCUUUUUCAAUAUAGCAACACGGAGCAUGAAUGGACAGGGCACAAGCAAGAGACGACUUCAUAUUCCUUCUAAAAACGUUUGAUUUGUAGAACAGUGAUUCUCAAAAUGUAGUACAGGGACCAGUGGUGGUUGGUUAGUCCUGAGUUAGACCUGGUUUUAUUAAUGUUUAGUUCAGGUGUGUCCAUAGUUUUACCAUCUUAGAUCUGAUUUAACCCUGGUUUAGUUCUGAGUAGGACUAAAUUAGGUCAAGACCACCUUUAGUCCUUGUCUCUUUCCGGUCUGGUCCAGAUUUAGUCCAGAUUUAGUUCAGAUUUAGACCAGGGACAUUUUUGUCAUCGUCAAGGUCGUCAAUGUGGUUGCUCAGUUAAAAAGUUAAUUCAGAGCCUUUUAACAGUGGAGCGUUAAAAUCUAAUAUGAAGUUCUUCAUUUCAUGUGUAGUCUCAUUUUGAAGUCGAAAAAUUUAAUGUGUUUUGAAAGAGGGGACAACAUUUUUAAGGGAGCUAUAGUGGUGCAUUGGUCAUUCUAAGGGAGGUUUUUGCUCCCUCAAGACACCUCCUGGCGCCAUCCCUAAUUUAGAUCUGUGUCAGUUUAAAAAAGUUUGAGAAUUUUGAGAAUCACUGGUCAAAUCAACUUUUUAAAAAUCUCAAAUAUAUUAAAAAAACAAAACAUUUAAAACAGCCACACUUUGGAAGGUAAAAAGUCAUUCCCGUGUCCUAAUGCAUGCCUCUUUUACAGUACUAUUCCGUAUUUAUCUCCAUGUAUUCUCACUGACCAUAAUAAUAGCUAUGAUAAUAAGUAUAAUGCGUUUUUGAAAUGCUUGUAUGUGUAUUUAUAAUGGAUGGAUGUUGUUUGGUCUCGAACACAAGACAAUGACUUCACACAUUUCAGUUGGAUUUAUCAAUAAAGGAUUUUAUAAAGAAA